AUGGAUGGUUGUCGAAGCAUCAUAUCGAGAUUAAAGAUGUGCAAGUUGCGCCACGUCAACGACACCACCAACCGCGUCCUUGGCCUCGACAUCGCCUCCGUUGAUCUCCACGGCACAAUCCCCCCUUCCCUCUCCAAACUCCACCACCUCCAGCGCCUCCGCCUCCACAAGCUCCCAAACCUCGUCGGCCCCAUCCCCCCGGAGCUCGGGCAGCUCCCCCUCCUCGGCUACCUAGUCAUAAGCUGGACUAACAUCUCAGGGCCCAUACCUAGUUUCCUCACCAAUCUCCGCAGCCUCAGCUACCUCAUCCUCUCCUUCAACCGCCUAUCCGGCCCCAUCCCGCCCUCCCUCCCGUCUCUCCCGUACCUCUACGCCAUUGAUCUCAGCCGCAACCUCCUCACCGGCCCAAUACCGGAAUCGUUCGGCCACUUUCUUCUCAGCACAGCACUGGACCUGUCCCACAACAUGCUCUCCGGCGACAUUCCGGCCUCUCUGGGCAAUGUCAACUUCUCGAGGAUUAAGUUGUCGAGAAAUAAGCUGUCGGGAGACGCGUCGGUGCUGUUCGGAAAGGAUAAGGUUGCCGACACCAUCGACAUCUCGAGGAACAGCUUCGAGUUUGAUUUCUCCAAGGUGGGAUUCAUGGAGUCGUUGGACGUGCUGGACAUAUCUCACAACAAGAUCUAUGGGAGCAUUCCGAAGCAGAUAACGGAGGCUGUGUAUUUGCAGUUUCUGAAUGUUAGUUAUAACAGAAUGUGUGGGGAGAUUCCGACAGGGUGGAAGUUGAAGUAUAGGUCUGAGAGUUGGGAUAAUUCGUCUUUCUUCCAUAACCGAUGCCUCUGUGGGGUUCCAUUGGAUCCGUGUAAAUGAUCACACUUUCUUACAAAUAAUAAUGGAGAACUUAAAAGAGUCCAA